AUGAAAUCAGAUAUAUUUGAGCAUCCGAAAUCUUAUCUUCUACAUAGUUCUGCUAGCCUAUCAGAAAUAAGUAUCUUUUUCAAACGAUUUAAACGUAUUCAUGAGGAGAUGGGCUUGCUUAUAAGUGAUUACGCAGAUGAUUUUGAGACUAGUGACAAAGCAAAUACCUUGUCUGCUUUCAUAACAAAUAUUGCAAAAAUUACAAAAGACGUUUCCAAUGAGUAUUUUAAGUUCGCUGAGUAAAAAUUAUAUAGAAAUUUGGAAUCACAAAUUGCUGAAGCUCUUGAAAGUUAUAAAGACAGCUAUAUACAUAAUUUCACACAAUCCUUAGAGAAAACGAGGAAAGCUUUGCGAAAGCUUGGUAAGGCUAGGGAAAAUCUAAAUACACAUAGAAAUGAAUAUUUCAAAGCAAUGGUAAAAGCUGAAAAAGCUGAAUUCAUGCAAAAUUUAGAAGAUGACACUGAAAGGAUUGAAUUAGCAACAAGAAACACAACUGAAAUGAAAUUGUGUGCUGAAAAAGCAUCUGAAAAAUAUUUUGGCUCACUGGCAGAGGAAAAGAAAUUAUGGAAUGAAUAUGAAAAUUCGAGGAAAUUAUUGAUCUUGUCUCUUCACGAGAGUGAAGAAGGAAGGGUUGUCUUUGUGAAAAAGAGCUUAGAAAAAAUGGUAAAAUUGGAGAAAAAGCUUUAUCACAAUUUGCUAGAAAAUGUCUCUAACUCUCCCCUCCGUGAAAUUUUGUUCUAUCACAAGUUAAUUAAAUUUAUAUAAAUUUUAUAGUAAAAUUUUUAAAAAAAUCCCAAUUCGCAAAAAAUUGGAAAGCAAAUACAAACAAAAACAAAAUUUUAAUUAGAAUUUAACAACGAGGAGUCCACCUCCCUUCAUCUAGGACAUAAUUGGAGGGCAAAAACCCCUUAAGGAAAACCUCCAGCCCUGUCUGAUAAUUUAACGACUCGCCCAUGGCUGACCAACCUCGGACCCGUUUCUUCACUCUCAGAAUUCUCCGAACCUAUAUAUCGGGCAAGCCUGCCCUGAAGGGACUUUCCCAGUUAACAGCCAGCCUCAGCUGUAAAUCUUCUUGUCUGUUGAUAAAAAGGGUCGACCCACACGACCAUUCGCCAUUUUAUUCCCCCAGCAAGUAUAAAUUAUGGAAAGCAAAUAUUAAUUAAUUUGUGAAAUUUUAGUUUUAAAAUGAAAUUUGUUUAAAAUUAAGCAGAAUUAGCGAGAGAUUUCAUUAUAAUAAUUAGCACUUAUAUAUCAACAAUUUUUUGUUCGCUCACGGGGUGGGCUUUUUGGCAAAAAGGGAUCUUUCCAAUGGUUUUGUUUGCUCACGGAGGGGGGAGGAAGGCAAAUAAAUUAGUUUCAGAAAUUAACCCUGCACAAGAUGCAAAAGAAUUUGAGAUAAAUUAUUUAGGAGGAAUUAAUCCUAUUGAAAAAGAAGGCUGGAUCACUUAUGAAGCAUGAAGAAUUAGUAUGAAAGAGCUAGGGCAAGAUCCAUUUGGCAAUGAAGAAGAAUAUAUUAGCUCAGAUAUACCUUAUACCCCUAUGCAUAAUACAACAUAUGUAAUAAAGUCAACCUUAUUUUCAUUAAUUCCAAAAAAGCGAAAGAUUUCAAUGGACAGCAUGCUUUCUGAGCAAAGCUCCUUUUCUGACAAUGAAGAAGGGCUUGAUUCCAAUAGUGGCUAUCAAAAAUGCAUAGAGCUGCUUCAAAUUGAUGAAGGAAAAGAAAUCUUUUUUGAUGUUCUUGAAUCAGUAAGACAUUGCUCAAUGAUGGACGACAUAGGUCUACAAAAGUUAGGAGAAUUAUUUUUCACAGUCAUGGACUCAUUAGAAAAAGAUUUUAAUGAUACUUACUUUUAUAAAAUUGUGAUGUAUUCCCAUCUUUUUUAUGCCAUCACACAAUCGAAAAAAUUCCUAUAUGAAAUUAUUUCUAGCCAUUCUAUAUUUAAAAAUCAAAAUAAUUGGAUUCAGACGAUAGAUGAAGUGGUUAAUAAAAAAAUCAUAAUGGAAAAUGAGCAGUUUCAUAGAACUAAAAAGAAGAUCUUGCAAUCAGGGAAUAAAUCAUUGCUAAAUGGAUUUGAUAAGUUUUCUUUGGAAAAAGCAGAAAAAAAUUCAUCUCUUAUGACUUUAGGCCAAUUUAUAUUUUAUAUGUCAAACAUAUGCAGCUCUAUCGAUCUUCCCAAAGCUGUGGUAUUGGAAUACUCAAAAAAGUCAAAUCUGGAGUCAGAUAAAAUAUUGCAUUUAAUAAGGGAACUAUAUUCAGCCCAAUCUCAAAUAGUAAUUUCUCCUAGAGAGAUCUCGAAGUCUUUAAAAAAACGCUCCCAAGAAAGAGCCCAAUGGGGCUUUUUUUUACAUUUUGGACUUUGUCUUCAGUUUUUGUGUAGAAAAGAUGUGCUAUCUUUAUUGUUUGUCUGCAAGUCAUGAAAUUCCAUUAUGGUUCCGUAUUUCCAAAAAUUCAGCCUAUUAAAAAGCCCGAAUUUUAAAAUAAGAAAAACAGUAUGGGCUUCUAUACUAAGGCCAACAGAGAAAGCUAACUAUAAUGAAAUUUUAGAGCAAUUGAAGGCAAAUAAAUCUUCAAUAAAAGACGUCGAAAACAUUAUUUCCAUGGACAUUUUGAGAUCGUAUUCGAAUAACCCAAUGGUAGACUCUGAAAGUCUGAAAAAUAUAUUGCAAGCUUAUUCUUUCUAUAGAACUGACGUUGGUUACUGUCAAGGAAUGAACUAUAUUGCAGGCACUUUAUAUUUGGUCAAUAAUGACGAAAGUUUCUGCUUUUGGGGCAUGAGCGAACUAAUCAGAAAAUUUAAAAUGGAGAAUCUUUAUGCAACUGACCUUUCGAAAUUGAAAUAUCUUUUUUAUGUGCUUGACAGGCUAAUAGCGUUGUUCUUGCCUAAUGUUCAUAAAAUUCUCAAUACUGAGAUGAUGACAUCAGCACAUUUCGCAUCCCCUUGGUUUUUAACUUUAUUUGCUGGUUUGCUUAACCAAAACCAGAAACAUGACAUCCUUUUUAAACUAUGGGACCAUUUUUUAUACGUAAUUUGCUACUUAGUACGGCUGAAAAAUUAUGUUUAAAGCUUCUUUAGUUAUUUUAAAAAAGCUUGAAACUAAUAUAAUUAGCCAAAGAUUUGAAGAAAUUAUGUCUCUUCUGACAUCAUUGCAUGGCUCGUUUUGCUCAAUACAAAUUUUUGAUGACUCUUUCAUAACUGAAGUGCUUAGCAUGAAAGUUACAAACAGAAUUCUUAGACAAAUUCAUAGUGAGUAUGAGAGCUUAGAAAAAAUUUAUAAAUAA